AAAUGGGUGAAUUGAAUGGCAUUUUACACAUAAAGAAACCCAAGCACAGAGAGAUUCAGGAAGUUACCCAAUAUCUUCCGGCUUCAUAAGUCAGCAAAGUCAGGGUUUGAAGCCAUGUUCAUCCGACUCUGCACCUGCCCUCUGAGCACAGCAGGAAAAAUGGCUUGACGAAAGUGCCCCAUGAUAUGGAGGGUCACAGGCAGAGGCCCACAGGCAGGAAAGUCACAGGAUGUUCUAUGGCCAGUGAAGAAUUUAGCUCUAGCAGAGAGCUUGUGCAGGGCAGGAAUAGGAAGCUGAGGUUGGCAUGGAAACCUUGACUGCCAUGCUAGGGAGGAGGAACUGCUGGGCUGAAAAGGGCAAUUCGGAGAGACAGAGCGGUACAAAAGGGCACACAUUUGGGGGCUCAGAAGGCAGGCGGCCAAGGCAAGACUCUGGGGAAGCUGACACUCCAGGGAGGAACGAAGACCAUGUGCUUCAGAGAAACAAGCCAAACAUGAUCUUAAGGCUGGAUCACUGGACCUUGCCCUACCUGCUCAUCCUCACCGGGAGAACCUUAGUCACCUCCUGGCUCCUGGAAGGAACACGCCCUCCUGCCCUUGAGGCCAGCCAGAACCCUGCCCUGCCUGGCUCAAAGCUGGAGACCCCUCACCUGGCCUGUGACUUCAAGGCUGGAGACCCCGCAUCUGACCUGCAACAGCUGACAUUUUCCAUGGCUCCCCAUGGCUUUGUGGGUGCUGGAGCACUGGUGUGUAUGACCUCUCUAACCCUCAUGAAUUCCUUGAGGACAGUCACUAGUACUGUCCCCAUUUUACAGAUACGAAGGACUGAGGCAGUGGAAAGCUGGGUAACCUGCCCAUGUGGCCCAGCCAGCAGGGGGCAGCCUCCAGUGGUUAACCACAGCAGUGGGUGCUCCACAGAUGUCUGUAAACUAAUAACGCCAGCCCGUGUCUUCUGUAACAGGAAUUAAACCCAUAGAG